CGAGCUCCGCGUGGACUUUCUUCUUUCGGUUCCAUCGUGAAACCCUCUCUCGCUCUCUCUCUUUUUAUAAUCUCCGCCACGAAUGCCCCCCGAGAACCUCCCCCGAUUCUAGGGUUUCUCUCGUUGGAACCUGAAUUCCAAGCUUCUCUGGUCCAACGUCUUGUCAGUAUGUACCAUGCCAAGAUUGUUUCAACAACAGCAAUGGUUCCCCAUAAAAUCCAUGGCACAGACGGCAUGCUGCACUCUGAAACUCAAGGCUCUAAUCAACUUGAUGAUGCUAAUGUUUUUGGAGGGUCUACUGCAAUAAAUGCACCUAAUUCGGCAGGAAGUGGAAAGCUUCGAUUGAGAUGGACUUCAGAUCUGCAUGACCGCUUUGUUGAUGCUAUUAACCAGCUUGGUGGACCAGAUAAAGCUACACCUAAAGGAGUACUUAGAAUAAUGGGUGUUCCAGGGCUUACUAUUUAUCAUGUGAAAAGCCAUUUACAGAAGUAUCGCCUAGCAAAGUUUCUGCCUGAAUCCUCGGCUGAUGGUUCAAAGGAUGAUAUGGAGAAUGCCAAGGAUACCCUCUCCAAUACAGAGACUUUGCAAGGAGGACAGAUAAGUGAAGCUUUGAGAAUGCAAAUGGAAGUGCAGAAACGACUCCAGGAACAGCUUGAGGUCCAAAGACAAUUACAGCUUAGGAUCGAAGCGCAGGGUAAGUAUCUCGAGAAAAUCAUUGAGGAGCAGCAAAAACUUAGUGGUGCUAUCAAAAUGUGUCCUCCCCUCAAACCCGGAGAGAAGUCAAAGUCAUUCGAGCUCCUACCACCACCGGAAGACAACCUCAGUGAUCUCCCCUGUUGUAUGAAGAAACUCCGGACAAGUGAUCAGUUGCCAGAACAUGUGGAUGUCCCACCUCGACCAGACUCAAACGCUACGCGCACUGAAUGGAACCUUGAGGUUUACAACGAGGGCGAAGAGGGAAUCAGGUUCGAUAUCUAAAUAAACUAUAAAGAGAGCGAUGACAACUGUUAGCCAAGAUCUCUCUCGGCAGACUGUUAACAUAACAAUUAUUCUCCAAUGACUUGGUUGUGUCAAUGGAUGAUUCGUCGUCCAAACCGCAUUCGAUUAUCUGCUUUGGUUUAUAAGAGAGAUUGAUUGAUAUCAAAGAAUCCAUUGAGAUUGAAGAGUUUCAGUGAAAGAUGAAAUCUGAUUGAAAUUGUUGUUUGUUUUGGUGGGUUCCUAAUGAUUAAUUAAUGUGUAAUUGAGUGGCAAGUGCAUGCUUAUUCUUUGUUGCCAGAAAGGAUGUGUUAUAUCAUUAUAUGUUAUGAAAGUAUAAAUUCCAAAGCGUGUUUCAUUAA